AGUCCGUUACAUGAAUAAUAUGCUACGUAAAUGCCAUGCGCCUUAGCGCGCACGCGAAUACUUUAAUUUUGCCGUGUAUGUAUCUACCGGCCACGUGAUUUUGACAGUUUCAGUGUAGCCGGCCGGAUCGUUCGGAUAUUUUUUGUCUGUGCAAGUUCGAGCAACAGUGAAAGUGUUUUGAUUACUGAUAACAGUUUUGGUGCGAUGUUUUGAGAACAAACAAGCCACAUCAAGGAUGAUUGUAAUGAUAAAAUUCACGCCGACGAUGGAGUGUUUUCGGUACUGCUGGCUAAUGAUCCUGUUUAAUACGAUACUGUGUUCUGCUAACGACGGAUUGUUCAGUCCUUCUAAAUUUCCCAACGAUGUUCCCGAAUAUGACCUGCUACAUGCCAUCGGAGUUCCCUUCAGCAAUCCAAAGACGCAAUACUUCGACGAAGGACUCGAUGGCUUCCCUGCCUAUGGCCUCAAACCUGGCUCUGAUAUCAAAUCCCCAUAUCGUCUUUUCAUGCCUGAGAAACUUUAUUCAGAAUUUUCUAUAACAGCCACUGUUCGACCCGCUAAUAAAGAUGGAGGAUUUUUAUUCUCCGUAGUGAAUCCUUUAGAAACUCUAGUUCAAUUAGGAGUCCAACUCAUUCCAUCUGGACCUGGCUUGACAAAUAUUUCUCUUUUGUAUACAGAUCCGAACGUAUAUGCUCUGUCGCAGACGAUAGCGUCUUUUGUUGUUCCGUCAUUUUCUAAGAAAUGGAGUAGAUUUGCACUGAGAGUUACGACGGAUAAUGUUACAUUGUUUUUGAAUUGUCACGAGUUUGAUACGGUGACUGUGAAGAGAAACCCAGUUGAAUUGGUAUUUGAUUCUGCAUCUACGUUGUAUGUGGGCCAGGCUGGACCAUUGAUCAGAGGAGCAUUUCAUCGAAAAACUUAUACCAAACAAACAUCCGGCCCGCCUUAUGGAAAGCGGUCAACGUCGCAUAUGAACGCCUGCAACACCAAAGGCUUCACGAGCGCGUUGCCAAAGCUUCAGGACCCUUUUCAAACCCAUUUUGAAGAAAGUUUCUCUAAAGAACAAAAGUUACCCUUCAAUAUGAGAGGAUAA